UUUCCUGUUUGCGCUCGAGGUCCAACCAGCGGAGGGGCUGCAUGUGUACUAAUCAACACACAGAGAAGAAGCUUGGUAGAGUUAAGAUGGCGGCAUGUUGGUGAGGAGGCUGGGAUCUGAACUCGAGGUUUUUCGCCAUUAAACGAUUCCUAUGAAUCCACAUAUAUACAGUUAUCGAAAGAAUAACAAUUUCCACAUCUUCCACACGUUUGUGUGUGAUUUUGGAUUGACCCCAUGACAUCUAUACACUUCGUGGUUCACCCGUUGCCCGGGACCGAGGAUCAGCUCAAUGACAGGCUGCGUGAAGUCUCAGAGAAACUCAACAAAUACAGCUAUAACAGUCAUCCACACCUUAGCUUGCUGGAGCAGGCCACCCUGAAACAGUGUGUCGUGGGUCCAAACCAUGCCGGAUUUCUCCUUGAGGAUGGACGUGUGUGCAGAAUCAGCUUUGCUGUCCAGCCCGAUCGCCUGGAACUCAGCAAACCGGAUGGCAGCGAUGGUUCAAAGUUGAGCAGUGGUUCAGGGACAGGAAGGAGCUCCAGGCCAGGCAGGACUAGUGAUCCGCCCUGGUUCCUGUCUGGUUCUGACACACUGGGCAGACUGGCAGGCAACACCCUUGGGAGUCGCUGGAGCUCUGGUGUAAACGGAGGCAGUGGAGGAGGUGGAAGUGGUGGUGGAGCAGGGGGAGGUGGAGCAGGAGGUGGCAGCAGUGGAGGAGGAGGGGGCGGAGGAGCAGGCGGAGGUGGAGGCACAUCGGGCAGGUCAUCAACAGCGGCUCGAGAUUCCCGCCGACAGACCAGGGUGAUCCGCACAGGAAGGGAUCGUGGCUCGGGCCUUCUAGGUAGCCAGCCGCAGCCAGUCAUACCAGCUUCUGUCAUCCCUGAAGAACUUAUUACUCAGGCCCAAGUAGUCCUUCAGGGGAAGUCCAGGAGUGUGAUCAUUAGGGAGCUCCAGAGGACCAACCUGGAUGUCAACCUCGCCGUCAACAACCUGCUGAGCCGGGAUGAUGAGGAUGGAGAUGAUGGAGAUGAUACGGCCAGCGAGUCCUACCUCCCUGGAGAGGACCUGAUGUCCCUGUUGGAUGCAGAUAUUCACUCUGCCCACCCCAGCGUGAUUAUUGAUGCCGAUGCCAUGUUCUCUGAGGACAUCAGCUACUUUGGCUACCCCUCUUUUAGACGCUCCUCACUGUCUCGCCUUGGAUCCUCCAGAGUUCUCCUUCUUCCCUUAGAGCGUGACUCAGAGCUGUUGCGCGAGCGUGAGUCUGUAUUGAGGUUACGCGAGCGCCGCUGGCUGGAUGGGGCCUCGUUCGACACGGAGCGAGGCUCCACCAGCCGUGAGGGCGAGCCCAGCCUGGACAAGAAGAGCAUCCCGGUCCAGAGCCCUGUCUCCCUGGGAGAGGAGCUCCAGUGGUGGCCUGACAAGGAUGGUGUGAAGUUUGUGAGCAUUGGAGCCAUGUUCUCUGAGCUGGUGGCUGUCAGCUCCAAAGGAGAGCUUUAUCAGUGGAAGUGGAGCGAACCUGAACCCUACAGGAAUGCGCAGAAUCCUUCCAUUCAUCACCCACGUGUGUCCUUCCUGGGCCUGGCCAAUGAGAAGAUAACAUUACUGUCUGCCAAUAGCAUCAGGGCUACUGUAGCUACAGAGACCAACAAGGUGGCAACCUGGGUGGACGACACACUGAGCACAGUGGCCUCUAAGUUGGAGCACAGUGCUCAGGCUUUCCCUGAGCUGCAGGGGGAACGCAUGGUGUCACUGCACUGCUGUGCACUCUACACAUGUGCACAGCUGGAGAACAGCCUCUAUUGGUGGGGUGUUGUGCCUUUUAGUCAACGGAAGAAGAUGCUUGAAAAGGCCAGAGCCAAGAACAAAAAGCCAAAGUCCAGCGCUGGCAUCUCCUCAAUACCCAACAUCACCGUGGGAACACAGGUGUGCUUGAGGAAUAACCCCCUUUAUCAUGCCGGUGCAGUGGCCUUUUCUGUCAGUGCCGGGAUUCCCAAAGUGGGCGUCCUUUUGGAGUCUGUCUGGAACAUGAACGACAGCUGCAGGUUCCAGCUGCGCUCACCAGAGAGCCUCAAGAACAUGGAGAAGACCACUAAGACCCAGGAAACCAAGACUGAAAGCAAGCCUGAGCUGGUGAAGACUGAGAUGGGUCCUCCUCCCUCCCCAGCAUCUACCUGCAGUGAUACCUCUUCCAUUGCUAGCAGUGCCUCACUGCCCUACAAGCGGAGGCGUUCUACCCCAGCUCCCAAAGAGGAGGAGAAGGUGAAUGAGGAGCAGUGGCCUCUCAGGGAGGUGGUGUUUGUGGAGGAUGUUAAAAAUGUCCCAGUGGGAAAGGUGCUUAAAGUGGAUGGCGCAUAUGUUGCUGUGAAGUUUCCAGGGACAUCAAGCAGCAUGAACAACCAGAGUACCGCUGCUCCCACUGACUCAGACCCGUCAUCACUGUUGCAGGACUGUAGACUCCUCCGAAUAGAUGAGCUGCAGGUGGUCAAAACUGGUGGGACUCCUAAAGUUCCUGAUUGUUUUCAGCGCACACCUAAAAAGCUCUGUAUCCCAGAAAAGGCUGAAAUUCUGGCUGUGAAUGUUGACUCCAAAGGAGUCCACGCAGUGCUGAAAACUGGUAACUGGGUAAGGUACUGUAUCUUUGACCUAGCCACAGGCAAAGCUGAGCAGGAGAAUAACUUCCCUACAAGUAAUCUGGCCUUCUUGGGACAGAGUGAGCGCAAUGUGGCCAUCUUUACGGCAGGACAGGAGUCUCCUAUCAUCCUCCAAGAUGGAAAUGGCACAAUCUACCCUAUGGCCAAAGACUGCAUGGGUGGAAUUCGAGACCCUGAUUGGCUGGACCUGCCACCUAUAAACAGCCUGGGAAUGGGGGUGCACUCUCUGGCCAAUAUCCCCUCAAACUCCACAAUUAAAAAGAAAGCUGCCAUAAUUAUUAUGGCUGUCGAGAAACAGACGCUGAUGCAGCAUGUACUGCGUUGUGACUAUGAGGCGUGUCGGCAGUACCUGGUGAACCUUGAACAGGCGUUCCUGUUGGAUCAGGGCAACCAGGCCCUCGGCGCACUUCUGGGCCAUCGCUGUGAUGGAAACCGCAACAUUCUCCAUGCUGCCGUCUCUGUCUGCUUCCCUGUUAGUAAUAAGGAGACCAAAGAGGAGGAAGAAGCUGAAAGGUCGGAGAGAAACACAUUUGCAGAACGCUUGUCUGCUGUGGAGGCCAUUGCCAAUGCCAUCUCUGUGGUUUCAAGCAACAGCUCUGGAAAUAGGACUGGCUCCUCCAGCAGCAGAGGGCUUCGUCUGAGGGAGAUGAUGCGGAGGUCUCUAAGAGCAGCAGGUCUCGGCCGCCAUGAGUCCGGCCCGUCAUCCAGUGACCAUCAGGACCCAGUGUCACCACCCAUUGCCCCUCCCAGUUGGGUCCCUGACCCCCCACCCAUGGACCCUGAUGGUGACAUUGACUUCAUUCUAGCACCAGCAGUGGGCUCACUCACCACUGCCUCCACUGGGACCAGCCAAGGACCCAGCACCUCAACCAUACCAGGGCCGUCCACUGAGCCAUCUGUGGUUGAAUCUAAAGACAGAAAGGCCAACGCCCACCUUAUCCUAAAGCUGAUGUGUGACAGUGUUGUUCUGAGGCCCCACCUACGGGAGCUGCUCUCUGCAAAGGAUGCUCGUGGAAUGACCCCAUUCAUGCUGGCUGUCAGUGGGAGAGCCUACCCAGCAGCCAUCACUGUUUUGGAGGCGGCUCAGAAAAUGGCCAAGGUGGGUGACCCGGGCAUUGCAGAGAAGGAGGAUGCAGAUUCUGUGUUCAUGGAAAUGAUUUGCCCCUCUGGGACCAAUCCAGAUGAUUCGCCCCUGUAUGUUCUUUGCUGCAAUGACACCUGCAGUUUCACUUGGACUGGAGCUGAGCACAUUAACCAGGAUAUCUUUGAGUGUCGAACCUGUGGUCUGCUGGAGUCCCUCUGCUGCUGUACUGAGUGUGCGAGGGUGUGUCACAAAGGACAUGACUGCAAGCUGAAAAGGACCUCUCCCACAGCUUACUGUGACUGUUGGGAGAAAUGUAAGUGUAAAACACUGAUCGCCGGACAGAAGGCUGCUCGUCUUGAUCUGCUGUACAGGUUACUCACAGCCACUAACCUGGUCACGACACCAAACAGCAGGGGAGAGCAUAUAUUACUGUUCCUGGUGCAGACUGUUGCCAGGCAGAGUGUUGAGCACUGUCAGUACAGACCACCACGCAUCAGAGAAGACAGGAACCGCAAGGCUGCUAAUGCAGAAGACUCUGAUAUGCCAGACCAUGAUCUAGAACCUCCCCGCUUUGCUCAGCUGGCUCUGGAGAGGGUUCUGCAGGACUGGAAUGCCCUCAAGUCUAUGAUCAUGUUUGGUUCUCAGGAGAAUAAAGACCCACUUAGUGCCAGCAGCAGAAUUGCCCACCUCCUGCCUGAAGAGCAGGUCUACUUGAACCAGCAGAGUGGCACCAUUCGCCUUGACUGUUUCACUCACUGCCUCAUUGUCAAGUGUGCUCCUGACAUCACUUUCAUAGACACUUUACUGGGCACACUGGUGAAGGAGCUUCAGAACAAGUACACUCCUGGCCGGAGAGAGGAGGCAGUCAGCGUCACCAGGCGCUUCCUUCGCUCUGUAGCCCGGGUGUUUGUCAUCCUCAGUGUGGAAAUGGCUUCUUCCAAGAAGAAAAACAACUUCAUCCCUCAGCCCAUUGGGAAAUGUAGGCGAGUUUUUCAGGCUCUCUUACCCUACGCUGUGGAGGAGCUGUGUAAUGUAGCAGAGUCACUGAUUGUUCCGGUGCGAAUGGGUAUUGCAAGACCUACAGCUCCUUUCACUUUGGCCAGCACCAGCAUUGAUGCUGUUCAGGGCAGUGAGGAGCUCUUCUCUGUUGAACCUCUGCCUCCAAGACCCUCACCUGACCAGUCCAGCAGCUCCAGCCAGACAGCUGCCUCAUAUAUCAUCAGGAACCCACAGCCUCGACGCAGCAGCCAGUCUCAGCCUGUCAGAGGAAGAGAUGAGGAGCAGGAUGACAUCGUAUCAGCAGAUGUGGAAGAGGUUGAAGUUGUAGAGGGUGUAGCAGGGGAGGAAGACCAUCAUGAUGACCAGGAGGAACAGGGAGAGGAAAAUGCUGAGGCAGAAGGACAACAUGAUGAACACGAUGAAGAUGGAAGUGACAUGGAGCUGGAUUUGCUGGCAGCAGCCGAAACAGAGAGCGACAGUGAAAGUAACCACAGCAAUCAGGAUAAUGCUAGCGGCCGCAGGAGUGUCGUCACAGCAGCAACUGCUGGCUCUGAAGCAGGUGCCAGCAGUGUCCCUGCCUUCUUCUCAGAGGACGACUCCCAGUCCAAUGACUCAAGUGACUCUGACAGCAGCAGCAGUCAGAGCGACGAUGUUGACCAGGAAACGUUCCUCUUGGAUGAACCACUGGAGAGAACAACUAGCGCUUCACAUGCCAACAGUGCAGCCCAGGCUCCUCGUUCCAUGCAGUGGGCUGUGAGAAACACCCCCAGCCAGAGGGCCACUGGAAGUGCCCCCUCCAGCUCCUCAACACCAGCUGCAAGCUCCACAGGCCUGAUAUACAUUGAUCCUACCAACUUGCGUCGCUCCAGUGCGAUCAGCUCUAGUGCGGCGGCGGCGGCGGCGGCGCUGGAGGCCAGCAACUCCAGCAGCUAUCUGACAUCUGCCAGCAGCCUGGCCCGGGCCUACAGCAUUGUCAUCAGGCAGAUCUCAGACCUCAUGAGUCUAAUUCCCAAAUACAACCAUCUAGUCUACUCACAGUACCCUGCUGCUGUAAAGCUCACCUACCAGGAUGCAGUCAACCUGCAGAACUAUGUUGAAGAAAAGCUGAUUCCCACCUGGAACUGGAUGGUGUCCAUCAUGGAUUCGACUGAAGCUCAGUUGCGAUAUGGCUCAGCCCUGUCAUCUGCUGGAGACCCUGGUCACCCCAGUCACCCACUCCACGCCUCUCAGCACUCAGCUCGCAGGGAACGUAUGACUGCUCGAGAAGAAGCCAGCCUCCGCACCCUGGAAGGACGCAGGAGAGCAGCCACUCUGUUGACAGCUCGCCAAGGCAUGAUGUCGGCACGAGGCGAUUUCCUGAACUACGCCCUAUCACUGAUGCGCUCCCACAACGAUGAGCAUUCUGAUGUGCUUCCUGUGCUGGACGUUUGCUCACUGAAGCAUGUGGCCUACGUCUUCCAGGCUCUCAUCUACUGGAUAAAAGCCAUGAACCAGCAGACCACACUGGACACCCCACAGAUAGAUAGAAAGAGGAAUCGAGAGAUUUUGGAACUGGGUUUGGACAAUGAAGAUUCUGAGCACGAGAAUGAUGAGGACACCAAUCAAAGUUCAACUCUGCAGGAUAAGGAUGACGACCCUGUACCGGCUGAAACGGGUCAGAACCACCCCUUCUUCCGUCGCUCCGACUCUAUGACCUUCCUGGGCUGCAUCCCACCCAACCCCUUCGAUGUUCCCUUGGCCGAGGCAAUUCCACUGGCAGACCAGCCCCACCUCCUGCAGCCUAAUGCCAGGAAGGAGGAUCUGUUUGGCCGUCCCUCUCAGGGCUUGUACUCCUCCUCCUACAUGGCAACCAAAGGCCUGGCUGAGGCAAGCAUGGACAGGAACUGCCUGGAGGUAAACAUGGGCUCCUCUCUACCCUCCCCCUCUCAGAUCCUGCCCACUAAGAUGUCUUACUCGGCCAACCUGAAGAAUGUGAUGAGUAUGGAAACGGGCCAACGGGGCACUGAGAACCAAUCACUGGCAGAGCAGGAGCUGGAGGCUUCAAAACCAGGCCCUUCACCCCAUGACCUCGCCGCCCAACUGAAGAGCAGCCUGCUUGCUGAGAUCGGCCUCACUGAGAGCGAUGGACCACCUCUCCCAUCGUUCAGACCUCACUGUAGUUUCAUGGGGAUGAUGAUCUCACAUGACAUGCUACUAGGCCGCUGGCGUCUGUCACUGGAGCUCUUUGGUCGUGUCUUCAUGGAAGAUGUGGGAGCUGAGCCUGGAUCAAUCCUCACAGAGCUGGGUGGCUUUGAGGUAAAGGAAUCCAAGUUCCGUAGGGAGAUGGAAAAGCUGAGGAACCUGCAGUCCCGUGACUUGGCUUUGGAGGUGGACCGGGAUCGAGACCAGCUGAUACAGCAGACCAUGCGUCAGCUAAAUACGCACUUUGGCAGGCGCUGCACGACCACACCCAUGGCUGUACACCGGGUGAAGGUCACCUUCAAAGACGAGCCAGGCGAGGGUAGCGGUGUGGCCCGCAGCUUCUACACGGCCAUCGCCCUGGCCCUCCUCUCCAACGAUAAGCUGCCCAACCUGGACUGUGUUCAGAGUGUCAGCAAGGGCAUGCAGGCCAGCAGUACGUGUCAUCACGAUUACAAUUCAAAUCUAAUGCAGCGUUUGAGGAACAGAGACCGAGAAAGAGAGAGGAGAAGUGGAGGACUUCGAGCGGGAUCUCGGAGAGACCGAGACAGAGACUCGAGGAGGCAGCUGUCCAUUGACACAAGACCUUUCAGGCCUUCAUCAGAGGGCAACCCUAGUGAUGAGCCCGACCCUCUGCCUGCACACAGGCAAGCCCUGGGGGAAAGGCUCUACCCACGUGUUCAUGCAAUGCAACCGGCAUUCGCCAGUAAAAUCACAGGCAUGUUGCUGGAGCUGUCCCCUGCACAGCUGCUGCUGCUGCUGGCCAGUGAGGAUUCUCUCAGAGCUAGAGUUGAAGAGGCUAUGGAGCUUCUCAUUGCACAUGGAAGGGAAAAUGGUGCUGACAGUAUAUUGGACCUGGGUCUCCUGGAGACUCCGGAGAAAACACAACAGGAGAACCGUAAGCGUCAUGGUUCAACCCGCAGCGUGGUAGACAUGGAGCUGGACGACCCAGACGAUGGGGACGACAACGCUCCUCUCUUCUACCAACCUGGCAAACGAGGCUUCUACUCCCCACGGCCUGGCAAGAACACAGAGGCCAGACUCAACUGCUUCCGUAAUAUUGGCAGAAUACUGGGGUUAUGUCUGCUGCAGAAUGAACUCUGUCCAAUCACGUUGAACAGACAUGUCAUCAAAGUGCUGCUUGGAAGGAAGGUGAACUGGCAUGACUUUGCAUUCUUUGACCCAGUCAUGUAUGAAAGCCUGCGGCAGCUGAUCCGCCAUUCGCAAGCUGGUGAAGCAGAUGCCGUAUUUGCUGCCAUGGACUUGGCCUUUGCCAUUGACCUCUGCAAAGAGGAAGGGGCUGGACAGGUGGAGCUUCUGUCUGGUGGGGUUAACAUGCCAGUGACCCCCCUCAAUGUGUAUGAGUAUGUGAGGAAGUACGCAGAGCACAGAAUGCUAGUGGUGGCAGAGCAGCCUCUUCAUGCAAUGAGGAAGGGUUUGCUGGAUGUACUUCCUAAAAACGCCCUGGAGGACCUGACGGCUGAGGACUUCAGGCUGCUGGUCAAUGGCUGUGGAGAAGUCAACGUCCAGAUGCUCAUCAGCUUCACCUCCUUUAAUGAUGAAUCCGGGGAAAAUGCAGACAAACUACUGCAGUUUAAACGCUGGUUCUGGUCUAUAGUGGAGAAGAUGAGCAUGACUGAGAGGCAAGAUCUGGUGUACUUCUGGACCUCAAGCCCAUCUCUUCCAGCCAGCGAGGAGGGCUUCCAGCCGAUGCCCUCCAUCACCAUCCGGCCUCCAGAUGACCAGCACCUCCCCACAGCCAAUACUUGCAUCUCACGUCUCUACGUGCCACUCUAUUCUUCAAAACAGAUACUCAAACAGAAACUCCUGCUAGCCAUUAAGACCAAGAAUUUUGGUUUUGUGUAAAGGUUCGACAGAAAAGAGUUUAAAAAAGAGAAAAAAAAAAAAAACAUGUUUACUGUUGUGUAAUAUUUACCUAGCUCCAUUUUUGUAGAUUUAUUUUUUGUCUAUACAAUUUUAUGAAAUUCGACAUACUGUCGCUAUCUCCCCAGGCGGUAAUAUUUGUUUGUGUUGUGAACACAAACAGCUUGUUAUUUUUAUUUCAAUUUUUAUUGCUUUUUUUCUUUUGUGUUAAUGAAGAAGAGGUAUACAGUCCAGAACAUUCCUGCAUUGGCACUGUAAAAUGUAAAAGCCCACAGCUCUGCUCUAUUGGCUUAAACCUUUGCUUCCCAGGAAUUUGGUUUGACAGAAAGCUGUCUGCCGAAACCCAGCCAAAGACGACAGCAGAAGAAGUAUUUAAAAGAAGAAAAGAAGACACACUGUGAUUACAAGUUUCUUCCUUCCCUAGAAAAGUACUAUCACUGACAGUUCACUGCUGCCUUUGUGGAAAGUCCUUUUUUUUCUUGUACAGGGGGAGUAGGGAAUUUCAAAAUAAACUUGGAUGCAAA